AUGGAUGAUGCAAAAGGUCUCGCGAUAGCGUUCGAGGAGGCCAAGGCCUCGUAUGAGGAAGGUGGUGUGCCGGGCGAGACGUCAGCACUAUACAACUCCGGACGCCUGCCCGCCAAGGCAUACCAGGGCAGCACCAUGUACACGACCCUGUCGCCGUGUGACAUGUGCACUGGCGCAUGCCUCCUCUAUGGCAUUGCCCGAGUCGUGAUCGGCGAGAACAAGAACUUUCUAGGUGGCGAGGGGUAUCUUCGCCAGCGAGGCGUAGAGGUGGUGGUGGUGGACGACGCGGAGUGUAAGGGGCUGAUGGACAAGUUCAUCGCCGAGAAGCCUGAGCUCUGGAAUGAGGAUAUAGGUGUCGAGGAAAGAGUAUACUCCAAGGAGGGCAUAAAGGCACAAGGAUAG